UCAAAGAACACACCAUGGAAGAAGAGCAACCUCCGGCCAAGAAACGAAACAUGGGACGAUCUAGAAAAGGUUGCAUGAAAGGCAAAGGCGGUCCACAGAACGCUACGUGCACCUUCCGUGGAGUUAGGCAACGGACUUGGGGUAAAUGGGUCGCUGAGAUCCGUGAGCCUAACCGUGGCACCCGCCUCUGGCUCGGCACUUUCAAUACCUCAGUGGAAGCCGCCAUGGCGUACGAUGAAGCCGCUAAAAAACUGUAUGGACACGAGGCUAAACUCAACUUGUUGCACCCACAACGACAACAACAAAAGCAAGAUGUAAAUAGGAACUUGUCUUUUUCUGGCCACGGGUCAAGUUCUUGGGGUUAUAAGCUCGACACGGUUCGUGGGUUGGAGCUUGGUCUCGGUACGUCAAAUGAGUCACGUGGUUCGUGGUCGGGAGGUUUUAGUUUUCUACAAGAAGAUGAUUAUCAUAAUUCUAACCGGUACUUAUCUUCAAGUGGGUCAAAUCUUUUUUGGUUAUUACCCAAACGAAGUAGUUCACAAGAUCAAGAAAGUGUUAAUGCUGCGAGUGGUAGUGGCGGCCAGACGUUUUCGACGAAGUUGAAACCUCAGAACUUGAUGAUGACUCCUUCGGACUACGGCACAUCAAAUGGAGUUUGGUCUAGGUUUCUUGCGGGACAACAAGAGAAUAAGAUUGACUAUGACGUGUCAUCAUCUUGUGGCUCGUCGGACAAUAAGGAGAGUGUGUCGGCUCCUAGUGGUGAGUCUGGUGACGCUGGAGAACGGUUGCAUAGGCCGGAGGUGGAGGAGGAAACAGGGUAUUUGGAGAUGGAGAAUCUUUUGGAGAUUGAUGAUUUGGGCUUGUUGAUUGGCAAGAACGGCGAUUUCAAGAAUUGGUGUUGUGAUGAGUUUCAACAUGCAUGGAAUUGGUUCAGAGCAGUGUUUUUAAAACCGGACGGACCCGAUAGUUGGACCGGGUUCGACCAUGAACCGGUUAUAUAG